UAUUUGAAACUUUAUCCUAAGCUAGGAUUGGAUACUAGGUUUAAAUAAAUUUUUGGAACUCUUAUGCGAUAUCUGUAAAUAUUAUGCAACAAAAUCUUACUUGGCAGGCAUAUACACAAUAAUAUGACCAGUCGCUGUCAAUGUUAUUACACCAAUCAGUUCGACCUUAGUGCUUCUGGAUAAUUCUAUCACUUUCUUCGGCCUUAUCUCGAUAUCUCACAGUAUUAUACUGAAUCCCGGUGAAAGAUGACUGAACCAAUUAAUGUGGUGGUUACGGGAGCUGCAGGGCAAAUUGCCUAUUCCUUACUGUACCAGCUUGCAGCUGGUACAGUUUUUGGUCCAACUCAACCAAUUAAUCUUCGUUUAUUAGAUAUCCCAGUUAUGAUGAAAGUUUUGGAUGGGGUAGUCAUGGAAUUGCAAGAUUUGGCUCUUCCUCUUUUGAGAGAAGUGGUACCAACUGCUGAUCCGGCAGUAGCCUUCAAGGAUGUUGCUGCUGCUUUUCUGGUUGGAGCAAUGCCACGAAAAGAAGGGAUGGAACGCAAAGAUUUGUUAGCUGCUAAUGUAGCAAUAUUUAAAGUACAAGGAGAGGCUUUGGAUAAAUAUGCUCGAAAAGAUGUUAAAAUUUUAGUUGUUGGAAAUCCUGCUAAUACAAAUGCAUUGAUUUGCUCUCACUAUGCACCAUCUAUUCCAAAAGAAAACUUUACUGCCAUGACUAGAUUGGACCAAAAUCGUGCUCAAGCAGCUUUAGCAGCACGAUUGGGUGUACAGGUUGAUAAAGUGAAGAAAGUAAUUAUAUGGGGUAACCAUAGCUCAACUCAAUUCCCUGAUGCUGCACAUGCUUCUGUAACUCUUUCAUCUGGCACCAAGCCAGUACCAUCAGCUGUAAAUGAUGAACAGUGGUUGAAAACUACCUUUGUGGAAACAAUUCAGAAACGCGGUGCGGCUGUGAUAGCUGCCAGAAAAAUGUCAUCUGCAAUGUCAGCUGCCAAAGCAGCUGGUGAUCACAUGAGAGAUUGGUGGAUGGGUACCAACCCAGGAGAAUGGGUCAGCAUGGGUGUCCUGUCUGAUGGCAGCUAUGGAAUUCCAAAGGAUAUUGUAUUCUCUUUUCCAGUAACCAUAGAAAACAAGCAAUAUAAAAUUGUACAAGGACUUCCAAUUAACGACUUUGCAAGGUCCAAGUUGACUGCUACGGCUAGCGAAUUAGAAGAAGAACGCGCUGAAGCAAACACUGUAUUACAAAGCAAGUGACUACGAUCGGAAAACUAUAAUCCUGAGAAUCCCCUACAUCAAUCGGCGAAACUGUAAAAAAUAAAAAUGAAUGUUCUCUGCAUAAUAUACAUAAAUCACAC